CUCUGCUGUGAUGUCCGGGUUGCCUUAUUUGUAUCUAACAAUACAUUAAAAAGGAGCCCUCUCUAAAAUGACAUAUCUUGUUCCUCACUCAAAGCUGCAGACCCUGAAACAUGCUAUAAGUUUUUGACUCAAAAUAUAAGCUUUGCUCUUCACCAGCUAUGACAGAGGAAAUAACAUAUGCGGAUCUGGAAUUUAAUAAAUCUUAUGCACUGGAAAAUAUCCCAAAGCCUGCUGCUCCUGAGAAAAAAGGGUUGUCUCCUCACUUUGUUUCCAUGGCAUCUGCUGCCCUGAUUUUGCUCACAUUGUGCCUGGCAUUAAUGGUAGGACUGCUAGCCCUGGGGGUUGUGUUUUUCCAGGUUACCAACAUCUGCCAGGAAGAGAAUGUAAAACUCAAAGAGAAGGAGAAAGCUCUGCAAACAAAUUUCUCAAGCAGGCUGCAAGAAAUAAGAGAGAGAUUGUGUUUGGAAGGGGAAGUGAAGAAUAAAAAUAAUGAAAUGAGUUGUACACUCUGCCCCACAAACUGGCAACGAAUGGGGGAUGACACCUGUUACUACAUUUCUUCAGGGAAGAACACUUGGGAGGGGAGUCGGAACUUCUGUGCCUCACAAAAUUCCACCCUUCUUAUGAUAAAAGACAAGCAGAAGCUGAACCAGGUACCUCCAAGAGACACUACAUGAUAUUACUGGGUUGGUUUCCAUACAUCUGGAAGGAACAACUGGUAUUGGAAGGAUGAUUUAGCUCUUUUGACACAGAAAGUAGAUUGGAUUGACUUGUAUCCAUCCUAUAAUUGUGGCUACCUAUAUGGAUUGAAAAUAAGUAACUAUGACUACUGCUCAGUGAAGAACUUCUGGAUCUGUGAGAAAGCAGCUGUCAAACUAAGACUUCUCAAAAUGGGGAUUCAAAUGGGUAUUUCAUUAGACACUAACCCAGAACUUCCUGUUUCUUCUCCCCUGGGUUCAGUUACGAAAACUCAAAAAUCAGUAACUGGAAAGACUCUUAGAAAGUAA